UUGUGGCAAUUCUUUUUCCGAGUGAAGAAAGAAACUAAGGACAAAGCAAUGGUGAACUGCGGAAGCAUGACGUUUAUGCUCCGCCCUAAUCGUAUGUAUCCUCCCCAUGAUUCACACGAGUCCGUCCGGUACUGGAACGCCGGAUGGUUCUACGAGAAGAAUGCUCCUGUUCCGGAUGUCCACGAAGGCCUUCCCCAGUUCGUCAACGAACCUCCGGAAGAACUUGCAAGCUGGAGCUUCGUCCCUCCACUCGCCCUGACUCCAACCUUGGAGAAAGCUGCGCGGAGAAUCUCCUGGCUAGUCCACGACGGACUUACCGGAGCCCAGCUUACACUUAGCUGGUUUUCCCGGAGAAUCCAGCCCCUUCGCUACAACGCGCGGUUGAUGUGCUCUUACACCGGGGCGGAUGAUCUUCUCCGGGUUACCCGCCAUGAUCUUCCGGCUGACUCUCUGAAAAGAAGACUCAAGACGCUGGUGAAGAUUCCGAGGGGCCAACAGGUCCCGGAACUGUUCAAGGAUAUCUACACGAACGAUCAGUGUCCUCCGCUCAAUACUUUGGCGGAGGACAACUUCCGCACCAUCAUUCGCGUCCCCGUUACCAGCGACACGGCGGAGGAGGCUCCGGAAGACGACGAGGAGGAAGAGGACCAGGCACCCCGCAAGGCGGCUCCUCGACCUACAAAGCGUCCCCGCGCCAAGGCUCCCGGCUCGAAGCCGGAGCUAGCGGGGCAGUUUGGAAAGUGCCUCUAA